AAGGCCUAAGUUUUGGAAGAAACGAUCAUGCCAUCUGAGCUGAAAGAUAAGCUGGUCGAGCUGCCGCCGGAUUGCGCUUCUCAUCAGAGUAAAAGCAGUGGUUGCAUUGUUGCACAUUGCAAGAGCAGCCAGAGCUAGCCAUGGAGCUCCUAUGCUUUGCCUCCAACACCUCGACGACCCUACCCCUCUGCUGCUGCAUGGCCUUCUUCGUCUCUCUCCUUUUCUUGCUUCACCGCCGCUAUGGUGGCGGCAAGUCAACGUCAAAUACUAAGAGCAAGGGCCGCCUUCCCCCUGGACCACCGGCGCUGGUAUUCCUCGCCAAAUUCUUGGCCCUGCGGCGAUCGAUCUUCGACCUGGCCCCUCUGCUCCGGGACCUGCACGCGCGCCACGGCCCCGUCAUCUCCGUCCACCUCUUCACCACGCUCGUCUUCGUCGCCGACCGCCGCCUCGCGCACCGCGUCCUCGUCCGGGACGGCGUCACCUUCGCCGACCGCCCGCUGCUCGCCGAGCCGGACCCGCUCUUCAGCGCCGGCGACAUCAACACCGCGCCCUACGGCCUCUACUGGCGCCUCGUCCGCCGUAACCUCGCCGCCGACCGUGCCCGCGUCGGCCUCUUCGCGCCGGCGAGGCGGUGGGCGUGCGAGGCGCUCGUCACAGGCCUCCUCCGCGCGGCGCGCGUCUCCUCCUUUGAGACGGAGACGGAGCCCGUCACGGUCAGGCCGUUCCUGCGGCGCUCCAUGUUCGAGCUGCUCGUGUACAUGUGCUUCGGCGCUCGGCUCAGCCUUGGCGCGCUCGACGAGGUCGAGGCGCUGGAGCGGCACGUGCUCGCUUCCUUCACUGCCUUUCCGGUGUUCGCCUUCUUCCCACCGCUCACUAAGAGGCUCUUCCGCAAGCGGUGGGAGGCGCACGUGGCCGUGCGCCGGAGGCUGGAGGAGCUGUUCGUGCCGCUGAUCCACGCCGCGCGCGGGCAUGGCGGCGAGGACGAGGACGAGGACGACCCCCCGCCUUGCUACGCCGACUCACUCCUCGCGCUGCGGGUGCCCGACGACGAGGGCGAGCGGCCGCUCACGGAUGCCGAGAUGGUGAGCCUCUGCUCCGAGUUCCUCAACGCCGGGACGGACACGACGGCGACCCUGGUAGAGUGGAUCAUGGCCGAGCUCGCGAACAACCCCGACGUCCAAGCCAAGGUGUACGAGGAGGUGACCACCAGAGUCAAGGCCGACGUCCUCGACGACGCCGGCAACCUUCAGUCGCUCCCGUACCUGAGAGCCGUCGUGCUCGAGGGCCUGCGGCUGCACCCACCGGGCGACUUCGUCAUCCCUCACGGCCUGCGAAGCGACGCGGCGGAGAUCGGCGGCUACACCGUGCCUAAAGGCGCGGAGGUGAACUUCUUGGUGGCGGAGAUCGGCCGCGACGAGGCGGUGUGGACGGCCGCGCACGAGUUCCGGCCGGAGAGGUUCCUGGACGGCGGCGAGGGCUGCGACGUGGACAUCACGGGGAGCCGGGAGAUCAAGAUGAUGCCUUUUGGUGCUGGUCGGAGGAUGUGCCCGGGGUAUGCGCUGGGCAUGCACCACGCCGAGUACUUCGUGGGAAGCCUCGUGAGGGAGCUGGAGUGGCUGCCGGCGGCGAAGGGAGAGGCCGUCAACAUGGAAAGAACCGUGGAUUUCACCACCGUCAUGAAGUACCCGCUCCGUGCGCGCAUCAUACCAAGAAACAAAUCCUUGCUCACCUAGAACAAAAAAUCUGCAGGAGGCAAACAUAC